AUGGCGACACUGAAGAGGGUGGCACAUCGGUGUCCAACGGUGUCGCGGGAGGAAGGAAAGGAGGUGUCCUUCAAGCCGAAGGUAGAAAUCAGCAGGCUGGGAGGUCGGUUGAGCGAGGUGGUGGGUCCCGUCGUGGAGGAGGCCAUCGAGCCAGGGGAUGCGACCCCGCUGACGGGACCCUCGAGGGAGUCCUCGGUUCCUCGAGCACCCCCGCCACCGCCGCAGCGUAUCACCACACCGAGUCCGCCGAGACCGCCGCCCGCUACGUCUCUACAGCAUCACCAGAAUCCGGGUCAUUCGGCCCACUCCCCGGGACACCAGUCCCAAUAUCCCGGCCACAACCUUGCUCAUAACCCCGGCCAUCAGACCCACAACUCGGGUAAUCUCGGAAAUCCGGGACACAAUCCAGGUAAUCCCGGUCACAACCCGGGCAAUCCCGGUCACAACCCGGGCAAUCCCGGUCACAAUCCGGGCAACCCCGGGCACAAUCCGGGCAACCCCGGGCACAAUCCGGGUAACCCCGGACACAAUCCCGGGCACAGGUCGGACAAUCCCGGGCAUAGAACGGACAAUCCGGGUCACAAUCCCGGCAACCCAGGUCACAAUCCAGGAGAUCACCAGAAUCCCGGCCAACAGGGUCGGAAUCCCGCCGGCCAGCCGGCAACGUGA